AUGCGAGUGACAUUUAACUCCCAGCAGUGAAUCGAGACGCAAGUGAAUAAAGAGCGCACCAUAUAAAACGCAAUCAAGCAUAAACAUAAUUACAACAUCAAAGUGUGAUUACAAAAUAACGUAACGGAAAAGUGAAAGUUGCAAAAGAUAAUGACAACAGCCUUGACAAAUUUAUUGCAAACACUGCGUCUGGGUUCAAGUAAACCGAACGCCAUCGCCAGCGACAUGAAACUCAAGCCCAAAGUGGAGCAAAUCAAAGCCAAGCUGCCAGAGCUGCUGCCAGAGAUUACAUUGGAGCAGGUUGGGCAACAUGAUAGCUUCGAUGACUGCUGGAUUAUCAUUUACGAUCGUGUGUAUAAUGUAACGCAAUUUCUGCGCGAUCAUCCAGGUGGCGAUGAUGUCAUAAUGGAUCAUGCCGGACGAGAUGCUACAAUAGCAUUCCAUGGCACCGGACACUCGCGUCAUGCAGUGGAGCUUAUGCGUCAGUUUUUAAUUGGGGAACUGCCCCAGGAGCAGCGCAUCUUUCGCACCACCAAGCACAUGGUGCUGUCCUCGGGCAUACCCGAGUGAGAGUGAUUGCCUUCCCUUGAGUGUUUGCACUUCCUGUUUGCCGUCCGUAUUAUUAAUAGAGCUGCUCCUGUACUUAAGUAUAUGUGUAAUAAAUUUGCAUUUUUAGCUUGUAAUCGCAAUCAAAAAAUAUAU